UGGUCUGCACGCUGGACGGAGUCUGCGUCUCCUGGGCAGGGCUCUCACGCCCCGGGCCGGGCCUAUAGGAUGGGAGCCUGGAUAAUCUUUUCCGGAGCGGGAUCUGCCUACAGUGGGCGGGGCCUUCGCCCUUGGGGCGGGGUCUGUCCGUCCUUGCACGUUACCGGUCUCUCAAAGGCGCGCUAGAGUCUGAGGCACGCAGCUGGGUGCAGCUGAGGCACCGGGAGACACCAACCUCGGAGACAAGCCACGGAUGGCACCAUGUCACUCGGUAUCAAAGAGCACCCUGAUGCUGAGGUACAAAAGAACCGGGUACUAACCCUGGACGACUGGCAAGACAAGUGGGUGACCCGUCACAUCGCAUUCCAUCAGGAGCAAGGGCAUCAGCUAUUAAAGAAGCAUUUCGAUACAUUUCUUAAAGGGCAGAGUGGACUGAGAGUGUUUUUCCCGCUCUGUGGAAAAGCCAUUGAGAUGAAAUGGUUCGCAGACCGGGGCCACACUGUAGUUGGUGUAGAAAUCAGUGAAAUUGGGAUUCGGGAAUUUUUUGCAGAACAGAAUCUGUCAUACACAGAAGAACCGCUCACCGAAAUUGCUGGUGCCAAAGUGUUUAAGAGUUCUUCCGGGAACAUUUCCUUAUACUGUUGCAGCAUUUUCGACCUUCCCAGGUGUGUGCCCAUGGCAGCUCCUGGGUCCUUUCUGCAUGGUGAAUCCUCUCUCUCUGCUCCUCCCCUCCCUAGAAUCAGAAGUCCAGCUCUUCUCUCCUCAGCUAUUGGUUGAUUGGCUUUUCUUGACAAAUCAGAGAAUAGACGGAGAGCAAAGUUCACACAACAUUCCAGCAGGAGAUACUUAGAAUCCUCACCCCAGUGAACGUGAUUGUUGGGGGGAGGGCGGUAAUAGGGGUAGAAUGGGGAGGGGAACACCCAUAUAGAAGGGAAGGGGGAGGGGUUGGGGGAUGUUGGCCUGGAAACCGGGAAAGGGAAUAACAAUUGAAAUGUAAAUAAGAAAUACCCAAUUUAAUAAAGAUGGAGGAAAAAAAAAGAAAAGAAACAUACAAAAAAUGUAAAAAAUAAUAAAAAAAAGAUUAUAACUA